AUGAUGAACAGUGCCGUCAGCCUGCGGGCUCUGCGCGUCCGGCCCUCGAUACCGCGUCAUCGCCUGACCCAUCGCUCGCUGUUGCAGACACCGACGAGAUAUGCUACUACAUCGACAACGGCCACCGAAGCCGCGACAAAUGUCCGAUCGGCUGGGACCCGCACGAAGAACUUUAUUUACGGAACUCUAUUGGCCGUGGGGGGAACGUUUGGAUACCUGUACGUUACGGACACGCGCGCCAGUAUCCACCAAUGGCUCCUCGUACCUGCGCUACGAGUGAUAUACCCAGACGGCGAGGACGCACACCACGCCGGCACCCGGAUGCUCAAGGUGUUGCAUAGUUUUGGAAUCAAUCCUAGGGAGCGUGGCGUAGCCGACUCGCAGGGUGACCUGGCAGUCGAGGUCUUUGGUCACACGUUGAACAACCCCAUUGGAACAUCUGCGGGCAUUGACAAGGGCGCCGAGGUUCCAACGCCACUGUUCGAUCUGGGCGCGGGUGUAGUCGAGGUUGGAGCUAUCACAUUAAUGCCGCAAGAAGGCAACCCCAAGCCGCGUGUCUUCAGGAUCCCCAGCCAGAACGCGCUCAUUAACCGCUAUGGAUUCAACUCAGAGGGCGCAGAGCUGGUUGCUUCAAGACUUCGACAACGCGUGCGAGAGUUUGCAUAUCAUGCUGGCCUGGGGCUCGACGAGGAUGCCGAACGACGGGUGCUAGAUGGUGAGGCUGGUGUACCGCCUGGCUCGCUUCACAAAGGGCGCCUCAUGGCCGUGCAAGUCGCAAAGAACAAGACGACUUCUGAGAACGACAUUGAAUCCGUCGUUCGCGACUAUGCCACCGCCGUUGGAUACGUAGGAAAGUAUGCGGAUAUCCUUGUAGUCAACGUCUCGUCGCCCAACACCCCAGGCCUCCGUACCCUCCAAAAUGUCGAACCGUUGACAAAGCUUCUCUCGGGUGUUAUUAGCGCCGUCAAGAAGAUUGACCGUAAGACCAAGCCCGCCGUCAUGGUCAAGGUCAGUCCAGACGAAGACUCGGAAGAACAGAUAUCAGGUAUUUGCGAGGCCGUGUGGGACUCUGGUGUCGAUGGUGUCAUUGUUGGUAACACAACCAAGAAGCGGCCAGACCCGCUUCCUAAGGGCUACUUUCUGUCUCAAUCAGAGGCCAACAUUCUACUUGAACAGGGUGGAUACUCGGGCCCCCAGAUGUUCGAGCGCACUCUGGCUCUGGUAAAGAAAUACCGAAAGGCACUUGAUGAAGGCCCAAAGCACAUCACCCUCCCCACGCAACCUGAAGAAAUCAAGCCUUCCGCUGAACAAGGCUCAGGUGACGACUCAACCAAAUCCUCGAUGACCAAGGCCACCCUCGGUCUCGACCAACCUGCUCCUAAACCCGCAUCUUCAGAUUUUGACGACAUCUCCGAAUCUGCACCUCUUGUCACCCUGCAAUCUACACCCAAGGUAGCGCCUGCACCCGACGCCCCACGUAAGGUCAUUUUCGCAACCGGAGGAAUCACCAAUGGCCGACAGGCACGUGAAGUUCUCGACGCUGGUGCAAGUGUAGCACAGGUCUACACUGCCAUGAUUUAUGGCGGUGCAGGCACGAUUACUAGGAUCAAGCAGGAGAUGAGGGACGAUGCCAAGGCACAAAAGACCAUUACUAAGUCUUAG